AUGUUACGUUCACCGAUAACCCGCGCUAUCUUCCGCAGCGCUCCAGCGGGAUCAACAAUCCCAUAUUCGUCGCAGUCGGCAUCGCACAUCGCGGCUCCUAUCCUCGAUUCUUCCUACUUCUCCGGCCAAACCUUCCGAUACUCACGUUUUCCCUCUGCGACACUUGGACUCACCUCAAGGGCCUUCACAUCUUCCUCGCAGUCUUCUUUUCGCUUUCCCAACAGAUACUUCUCCUCCUCGGUCAGGUUACCUUUCAGAUACGGCAGUGAUAAAUAUCGGCGAUUUGAUGGACCCAGGCGCGAAUCGCUUCUUCAGCGAUUGUUGAGCAAUGCAAGACCAUACCAUUUUGUCAUAAUUGGCGUCGUAAUUGGCGGUGUCUACGCCAACAAUGUUGAAACGGUGGAGAUGACCGGCCGCCGACGAUUCAACUGUGUCUCCUCCCACCAGGAACUAAGAAUGGGUCAAGAGAGCUAUCAAGAGGUUUUGAGAUCAACGCGAGGGAAGAUUCUCCCCGAGAAUCAUCCGCUGACCGUCAUGGUGAACCGCGUUCUCCGCAGAUUGAUACCGCAAGCGCCAAUUGAAGGCGCAGAUUGGAGGGUUCAUGUCAUCAAGGAUGAUGGCAUGGUCAAUGCUUUUGUUUUGCCCGGUGGGAAAGUGUUUGUCUACACAGGCAUCCUGCCAAUUUGUAAAGACGAGGAUGGGCUUGCGGCUGUGUUGGGCCACGAAAUCGCUCACGUGGUUGCGCAUCAUCCAGCAGAGCGCAUGAGCAACAACAUCCUGACGGUUGGAGCGGUAUUCCUGAUAUCCAUGCUCUUUGACAUUUCAGGCCAGAUUCCUUCGCUACUGCUCAACCUAAUGUACAGCUUGCCGAAUUCGCGGACGCAAGAGGCUGAGGCAGACAACAUUGGCUUGAUGAUGAUGUCAAAAGCUUGCUUCAAUCCGGAGGCUGCUGUCGGGCUUUGGGCGCGUAUGCAGAAAGCAGAGCAGGAGACACCGCCUCAAUUUCUGUCGACACAUCCCUCGAGCUACAACCGCAUGGAAGCAAUCCGUGGAUGGCUGGACAAGGCCGAGGCAAUCUAUGAAGAUAGUGGGUGCAAUAACCUGGGCAACUACAUGCCGGGAUUUCGCCGAGCUUCAAACGACUACUACGGAUGCCACGAUGCUGAAGAUGGUGCUGUCAUUCGCAAUAUCGAGGCCUGCCAGGCGAUCUCCAAGACUGUCCAAACGUCGCUCGGUCCCUACGGCCGCAACAAGAUCGUCAUCAAUCACCUGCAGAAGAUGGUACUUACGUCGGAUGCCGCUACAAUUCUCCGCGAGUUGGAUAUCGUGCACCCGGCUGCCAAGCUGCUUGUCAUGGCGAGUCAGCAGCAGGAUGCGGAGAUGGGCGAUGGUACUAAUAUGGUCAUCGUUCUGGCUGGAGAGCUGUUGAAGAAGGCCGAGGAACUGCUACGGAUGGGCUUGAAGACGAGUGAUAUUGUCCAGGGGUACGAAAAGGCACAGAAUUACGCUCUGAAAGUACUAGAAGACCUCGAAGUCGAUCGCUUGAAGGAACUACGCUCUCAGACAGAACUCUGCAAGGCUCUUCGUACGGUAGUCGCCAGCAAGCAGUCCGGAACAGAGGAUCUCUUGGCAUCGUUAGUCGCGGAGGCGGUUCUCGCUGUUCUGCCCAAGAAUCCUGUCAAUUUCAAUGUCGACAAUGUUCGCGUCGUCAAGAUCAUGGGUGGUAGCUUGGAACAGUCCCGUGUGAUCAAGGGUAUGGUCUUUGGCCGGGAGCCUGAGGGUACCAUCAAGAAGGCCCGCAAGGCCAAGGUUGGAGUCUUCAGCUGUCCUAUCGAUAUUUCUCAGACCGAAACCAAGGGAACCGUGCUCUUGAAGAAUGCCCAGGAGAUGCUUAACUUCUCAAAGGGAGAGGAGGAGCGCCUGGAGGCGGCCAUCAAGGAGCUUUAUGACUCCGGACUCCGUGUUGUCGUUGCUGGCUCCUCCGUCGGUGACUUGGCUCUGCACUAUCUCAACCGAUUCAACAUUCUUGUCAUCAAGAUCCUUUCCAAGUUCGAGCUUCGUCGUCUCUGCCGUGUCGUUGGCGCUACACCUCUUGCUCGUCUUGGUGCUCCCAUGCCCGACGAGAUGGGCAGCGUUGACGUUGUCGAGACCACUGAGAUUGGCGGUGACCGUGUGACCGUUUUCCGUCAAGAAGAAGCCAACGCUGUGACGCGUACUGCCACCAUUGUCCUUCGUGGAGCCACUCAGAACCACCUCGACGACAUCGAGCGUGCCAUUGAUGACGGCGUCAACGUCGUCAAGGCUAUCACGAAAGAUCCUCGACUUGUUCCUGGCGCUGGCGCUACUGAGAUUCAGCUUGUGGAGAAGAUCUCUGCAUUCGCUGACAAGACCCCCGGUUUGCCGCAGUAUGCCAUUCGCAAAUACGCCGAGGCUUUCGAGGUCAUUCCUCGUACUCUCGCAGAAUCCGCUGGCUUAGACGCCACGGAAGUUCUCUCACGUCUCUACACUGCACACCACCGCACGAACAAGGCCUCCGAGUCGGAGGAGGAGUCGGAAGAGGGCAGCUCCGAGGAGGAAGAGCCCUACUGGACUACAGGUGUUGAUCUGGAGGCUGGUUCUUCGACCGGCACCUUGGAUGCGGUUGAUGAAGGUAUUCUGGAUCUCAUGGCAUCGAAGAGCUGGGCCAUCCGCCUCGCUAGCGAGUCCGCUCGGACAGUCCUCAGUGUUGAUCAAAUUAUUGUCGCCCGACAGGCGGGUGGUCCAAAGCCUCCAGGCCCUAACCCCAACUGGGAUGAAGAUUAA